GCAAUCCGGGGAAAAUUAAGGGAGAACACCAGAGGAGAAGAGACAAGAUGCAGGAGUUUACAAAACACAAGAGGAGAGGCUGAGUUACACUAGAUACUUUCAGCUUCCUAACAUAAAAAGUUAGGUGGGAAAUUCUUUUGGAAAUUAAUAAGAUAUGAAAGGAUCAGGAGAGGUCCGAAGAAAAACAUACACGGAGAUAAAUCAUACUUUUAACAUUUUCUAAUGCACAACUAUCAAUAAAACAGAAAUCGUGAGAACUAAGCAGUUUACACAGGUUAUGUUCACAUCUAAAACUAAAAUUUAUGGUCUGACAUUUUGAAGAAUUAAGCAUAAGACCAUUUUCGAAGGACCAUCGUCUAACAGCAGAUAGGAAAUCACUCAGUUGUGAACAAUUUAUUGAAGAGGAGAUAGGUAUGGAAACAGUCAGGUAGUCAGUAUAUUUGAAGUUAAUAACAGCUAAAGAUGAUAAGUCAUACAGAAAGAAAAAUAAUAGACAGGGAGAAAGGAUGGUUCCUUGCGGAACACCAGUUAGUAAACAAUGAAGUGGAGCGCUUCCCCUUGUGAACAGUAUGUUGUUUCCUAUCAGAGAAAUAGGAAUGCAGCCAGCUGAUUAUCCCGGACUCAGUAUUUGUCCCGGUUAGCUUGUGCAGUAAAAGAGGUCUUGGGACAUAAUCAAAUGCCGAAGUGUAGUCUAAAAAGUCAUACCUGAGAUACUUGGCAUUUCUAUCAAGACUAUAAGUAAUAUCGUGAUAUAAGAAAGUGGUAGCAUCUAAAAUGCUUCUUCUGCUUUUAUAUGCAAAUUGAUUAGGGUCUCUGAAGGCCUUCAGUGAGGGCUCGAGCACAGGUAUUAUAAGCUUCUCCAUUACUUUCAAGAAUGCUGAAGUAACUGCAAUCGGACGCAAUUCUGGAUAUGCGCUUGAAUUGCCUAACUUGGGUACGGGGAAUGCCUUAAUAUCUUUCCAGGUAGCUGCUAUGGUGUUUUCUAAACACCAUCUAUUGAACAUGUUAGCUAGGGGAUGGCACAAAAUAUCAGCACAUAUCCUGAAUAGGAAGCUUGACACACCAUCCGGACCUGAACUGUGUAAAGGGUUCAGGGAUUUAAGACAUUUGAAAACAUCUUUCUCCUUGAACUCUGGACAACAUUCUUCAUCGGGCAUAUGCUGGCAGAGUGGGAUGAGACAAGUAGGUUGGCAUAUAAACGAUUUGUUCAAGGCACAGACGUCGACGUGUUUUUUUUUACUGAGGUGUUUAAAAUGUUUCCGCGAUGCUGGAUUACGAUUCAAGUUGCCACAAUAUACAUCAACAUAUCAAGAUACAAGGCAGCAAGAUGAGAGAUAGACUACAAUUGAUGAGGGAAACUGUUUUAUAAUCAUUAUUUCAUCUAUUAAAACAGCUUAUACUUUACUUAUAUAUGUGAUUCUCUAACUCACUACUAAAAUUUUUUUCUAGAACACAGGUAUAGCUGUGCUAACUGGUGGGAACCAUAUAUUUUUGACAACCAGCAUUGAAACACCACGUAUGCGACGUCUUGCUGAAUUACCUGGGCCAGUACAAUGUCUGUCACAUUGGAGUAUUAUCACCACACCUCUUGAUUUAGGGACAUCUGAUUCUUUCCGAAGUCCAUGGAUGCUAAUUGCACGCAAAAGGAGUUUGUAUCGAGCAAACUGUGGAACAGUUGAAAGUAUUGAUUUAUCUAAGCUUACAAAGUCAAGCGGUGCUGAUAUUCAUCUAUUAUCUGUAUCUUUGAAUAUGCAAUUUGUUGCAAUUUAUUUAAGCAAUGGUGAAUUGUUGAUUACAAAUACACGAUUUACAGAAUUACACUCAUAUAUUGAUCUAACACAACGUAUAUCAGUAAUGCUGAUGAGUAACAAUGACUCAGUAGUUGAUCAAAAAUCAAGUGAAUUCAAUCAUCCAAAAUCUUUAUUAUGGUUAACUAAUUCCGCUGUGGUUCUUCAAUGGGAUAAUUUGAUUGCUAUUGUAGGGUCACAAUCAGAUAUUUAUGAAACAUUUUAUCCUGAUGAUAUAUUCUUAUCUCAAGAGAUUGAUGGAAUUAGGAUUAUAUCGCCCACAUCACAUGAACUACUUCAACGUGUACCAUCAGCACUAGAAUCAUUAGGACGGAUAGGUGCAUCAUGUCCAGCCACUUGGUUAAUGUCAGCAAAUAAAAGUUUGAAAGCAGGCUGUGGGCGUACUAAUGAUUAUUUAUUACCUAUCAAACAAGUUAAUCAAAUGAUUGAUGCAAUAUCACAUUGUAUUGAAGCUGCAUGUCAUGCAACAAUUGAUCAUUCUUGUCAACAAGAACUACUAGAAUCUGCUCACUUAGGUCGUAUAUUGUUGUUGGCUAUGUCUAACACAACAGGUACAACUGCUGAUAUUUGUACAGUUGAGGCGAAAGUGAAAGAACUUGCGGAUCAUGCGGCAAAAGUUUGUCAAACCUUACGUUUGUUGAAUAGUUUAGCUGUUCCUUGGUUUGGAAUCACUUUGACAUGGCGUGAAUUUCGUGAAUUAGGACCAAGUAAACUGUUUGAUCGCUUGUUAGUUCGUCGUCAUUACCCAAUAGCUAUUGAACUUGUACGGAUUCAUCAGAAGCAUAAAUGGCCUAGAAGUAUUUUAGAGGAAAGUCAAGGAAACUAUAGUACAUGCACGUUUACACAUCUACUUGCUCAUUGGGCGUGUAAUAGUUCAAUAACUUCAUCGGGAGCGGCAACGCUGAUAUCAGAUCGUGUGGCGGCUAUUGUUGAAAAGUUAUUCAGUGAUUCAUCGGAGAGUAAAUCAAAUUCUGGCAAUCAUCGUGUCAACUAUCAUAAUACUCCUAUUCCUCACUUGGAUUUUGCUGAUGUAGCCAGUCAAGCUAUUUCAGCAGGUCGAGAAACAGUUGCAGAACAAAUACUAGAGUAUGAACCACGUGCUUGGCGUCAAGUGCCGUUACUUCUAAAAUUAUCACGCUAUAAUCGUGCGCUAGUGCGUGCUGUAGAAACUGGAGAUCCUGAAUUGAUUACUGUGGUUGUAGUAGCAUUGCAAGAACAGAGUAAGUUACCGCCAGCAGAUCUUGCAAUGGUACUUCGCCGGCAUCCUAUAGCUCUUGCUAUUUAUCAAGAAACAUUAGGACAAAUUGAUCAUUCGUCAGCCACCUCUAGUUCUGAAAAUUCAAUGCAAAAUGCUCUACUUAACUUUACUCAAGAAAAUGAUCGCGCUGCAGAAGCUAAGAAGAUUGUUCUUUCUGCUUAUCGUGAAAAUAGUUUAACUUCACGACUGACAUUACUGCAAAAUGCUGAAGAGAUAUAUCGACAGUUGAAGAAUGAUUUUAUGGCUCAGGAAUGUAAUGCACAAAUUCGUCUGCUAAAAUUUCAAAGUAAACUUGAAAAACAGGGGAUCUCUGCACCUGUUUUCAAAUUCAAGCAAUUCCUGGUUCAAAUCGUAUAUUACCAGAAAACGUAGUAACUGGAAGCAGUAUACAUGAAAAACUUUGGGUUGGUCAAUCGUUAAAUACAACACUUAGUCGAUUAUUAGCUUCAGGUCAAUGUGAACGUCAAGCUGAUCAAUUACGUAGAGAAUUUAGAGUUUCAGAAAAACGUUUUGCUUUCUUGCGUAUUGUUGGUAUGGCAGUAAAUAAUGAGUCUUGGUUGGAAAUGGAUAAAAUGAUUCGAGCUAAAAAAUCUCCUGUCAGUGUUGAGCUGUUGAUUAAAAUAUGUAUCGAUAGCAAUCGCAUAGAAGAAGCAACGAAGUUGAUUCCUAAACUGCUACCUGAGAGGCGAGUACGGUUUCUAUUAAUGAUUGGAAAAGUUGAAGAAGCUAUUCAACUAGCUGUUCGUGAGAAGUCAGUAUAUGAUUUAUUGUAUAUUCAACAAGAGGUUGGGAAGAUAAACAGAGAAGUCUACGAUCGUAUAACUAGUUUACGAGCACAAAUCCGUUGAAUCCAAUAUGUAUUGUGAUGAUGCUAAUUCUCUUCUUUGAUACAUUGCCAUUUGACAUCUCCAUCUGACAACUAAUUUGUACAUACUGUGAUAAUAAAAUAAUUUAUUAAUUCUUUAUUCUGAUUGUGUACGUUUUUCUAGUUUUAUUUAUGAUUUUUGAAAUAAAGUUUUUCUAUCAUAUACAAAUACACUGAAAACGCUUGUUG